AUGCAUUCUUAUUCGCUUCUCACCACCCUGGCGCUGGGCACAGCAGCUUGUGCUUACCAGCUCCCCCAAAAUCUGAAAUCGAUCUACGAUAACCACAAGGCUGGCUCAUGCUCCAACCGCCUUUCUGACAGGUUCCCGGAGGGUGCUAGAUACUGCGGCGAUAUCUCAGGAGCUAUAUACCUCAAGGGCUCUAACGGGAACUACGACAAUAUGGACAUCGACUGUGAUGGAGCGAAUAAUCAUGCCGGUGCUUGCUCGAACGAUCCAUCCGGACAGGGCGAGACUGCGUUCAAGGACACUGUCAAUCAGUACGGCAUCCCAGACUUGGAUGCCAAUGUUCAUCCCUACGUGGUUUUCGGCAACGAUGGAGCAUCACCAUCUUUCGACCCUACGCAACAUGGCAUAAAGCCACUGAGUGUCAUGGCUGUUGUAUGCAACGGCCAACACUACGGUAUCUGGGGAGAUACCAACGGAGGUACCUCUACGGGCGAAGCCUCAAUUUCCCUUGCUGAGCUUUGCUUCCCGAACCAGGGUCUCAAUGGAGAUAAUGGACACGGUGAGAAGGAUGUCCUGUAUAUUGCCUUCAAGGGUGACGGGGCUGUUCCUGGAAAGACUGGUGCUGAUUGGAAGGCUUCAAACCGUGCUGAUUUCUCGAAGAGCAUAAAGGCUUUGGGAGACAAGCUGGUUGCUAGUCUACAGGGCUAA